CACAGGAGGGCGCGUGUGAUCACACAGCAAGCUCCAGAAUCACCGGGAGACCGAGGAUCAACGCUCACAACAACGAGGGCGGAGCGACGGGCGGAUAAAAUCACAGCGAAGGUGCCGCUUCCCUCGCCUGCGUCGCCAACCCCCCGACGCGAGAUGUCCGGAGGAGAGAGCUCCAUGGAGGAGUCCGACACCAAAGCCUUCGCCUACAACCAAUUCGGCAUCUCGGAGCGUGCCACCGAGCACUUGUCUUCAGGAGGCCGCGUCUGCCCCGGGUGUCCCCUCCGUCUCACCGUGCUGAUUCUCCUGGCUCUGAGCGGUGCCAUCGUCGUCGCCAUCGUGGGCAGCGAUGUGGCCGUGCUGCAGAUGAUUGGCUUCGUGGCGAGUGACGUCAGCGAGGAGCAGACGAAGCGGGAGAAUCAGCUGAGCGACGUGGAUUCACACGUGAAGAGCAUCGAGGAGCACAUGUCCUCGCGGCAUGCGGCGUUGGAAGGCCUGGUCUCUAACAAUCGCCUCGCCGUGCACUCCUUGGACACGCGCAUCGGGGAGCUGGAGAACUCCCUUCUGCAGCAAACGCAGCAACAGCUGCAGCAGCUGCAGCAGCAGAUGCAACAGCAGCAGCAGCUACAGCAACAGCAGCAGCAACAGCAGCAGGAGCAGCAGCAGAAGCUUCAGCAGCAGCAGCAGGAGCAGCAACAGUUACAGCACCAGCAGCUGCAGGAGCAGCUGACGCAGCAGCUGACGCAGCGGCUGCAGCAGCUGCUGUCGGACGUGAAGCAGCUGCAGCAGCAGCAGCAGGCGGAGCUGGCGGAUCGCGCGGAGCGGCAGGAGAACGCGACGGAGGCGCUCCGGGUUCGCGUCGGCGACCUCGAGACGGAGUCGCUGGCGGGGAAGGCGCGCGCCGACGCCGGCGACGCGCGCGCCACGCUCGAGCGCGAGGAACGCGAGGGGCGCGAGCGACGCGACAGGGACGAGAGGGAGGCGAGGGAGGGCACAGAGAGGGAGGAGAGGGAGGCGAGGGAGAAAGCGGCGCGCGACCAGGAGGUGCGCCUGGGCACGCACGUGGAGCAGCUGGGCUCGAGCGUGGACGAGCUGAGGACGCGCCUGGAGGAGGUGGCGCUGCGGGCGCGCCAGGCGGCGGAGAACGCGAGCCGAGCGCUGCGCGACGUGGCGCUGAGCGGCGUGCGGCACGGCGAGGUGGUGCGCAACCUCACCUUGAUCCCAGGACCGCCAGGGAUGCCCGGACCACGUGGUCAGAUGGGGUUCCCUGGGGUCGUGGGACCAGCUGGACCCAAGGGGGACAUUGGGGAACGCGGCGCGGUCGGAUUUCCCGGUCCACAGGGACCCACAGGUCUCUCGGGCCCAGGGGGGCAAAUGGGACUACGGGGCCAGAUGGGCCGGCCGGGCAAGCAGGGGUCCGUGGGGGUCCCAGGUAAACCCGGGCCGCCCGGCCCUCCGGGGAAACCCGGCGAGCAGGGGCCAGUGGGGCCAAUGGGGCCCCCCGGCCUCCCCGGCUCUCAGGGGUCACCACAGGGGCCACCGCUGGUACCACUGGGGCCAGGGAUGAUGGAGAAUCCCCUUCUGCAGAACAUGAGUGCAAGCCUGGCGCCAGGACUCAGCUGCCCUGACCGCUGGAAAAUCUUCGGGGGUCACUGCUACCUGCUAACUUUGAGGAGGAAAUCGUGGGCGGAUGCAAAUUCCACCUGCCGGAACCUCGGAGGAUACCUGGCCAUCGUCACAUCCAUUGAGGAGAAGGACUGGCUAGCGUUUGUGGGGAAACGCCGAUCAUAUUACCUGGGCCUGCACGACUCGGUGGUGGAGGGGCGCUGGGAAUGGGUGGACGGAUCUCCCGUGUCCGAGCCCACGUUUUGGCACGAGGGGCAGCCGGACAACUGGGCGCACGCACUGGAGGGGCGCGAGGACUGUGGGGGGAUGAAAUACGACGGCGACUGGAAUGACUACAGCUGCAGCGAGGCGCUCGGCUUCGUGUGCGAGCGGGAGCCUGAGAGCCUGGCCCCGACUCGCUCCCCGUGAACCUCUAACCCUGGAUGUCGCCUCGUCACCGUCAACGUCUUUACCUACCCCCUCCACGCCCCACGUGACCAUGUUUCCCGUCACGGUGUGACGUCGACGCUCUGCGGUGUGACGUCCAUGCCUUGCGGUGUGACGCUGACAGUCUGCGGUGUGACGUCAAUGCCUUGCGGUGUGACGCUGUCAGUCUGUGGUGUGACGCUGAAGCACUCUUGGAAGCUGACCUCUCCACGCCCCCACUCCAAUGACUGUGCUGUCAUCUUCCAACGCAGCAGCAGCAUAUCUGCUGCGUUCUCUCAGCCAUGUGUUCCUCUUCCUGUCGCUCAGUCUAGUUCCAAAUACGCUCCUGUCCUCGCUUCUUCACGCACUAUUCAUUUCAGAUUCCAAGUCGUUUGUUAGUGUCUGUUUUUCCGGUCCAUAUGUCUGCACCGGAGCCCACAGGGCCAGGCAGGGCAAGGCGCCGGGUUACAAUGUGGAGAGAAAUCAAGACAGGGGGCUCCAUUUCAUGUCCUGAGCGAGGGCAUCAUGCCAACCCCAUCACGCCACUGUCUCAAUGAUGCUCUCUCUACGUGACUUAUUUAUCCCUACGACUCAAUCACCACAAUGCUCCAUUACCACCAUCAUGCCAUCCCCAUAUCUCCAAAUCACCUGAUCUCCUGGUUUACCUUAUCUUCCCGAUGCCUAUCUUAUAUCCUAGCGAACCCCGUUGCUUCCAAACGUCCAAACGUGCACACACGUCAACUUAUCCUCACGCUGUGGGACGCAGCAUUCACGGGCCUGUCGUGUGAGCGUGUUGUUGUUUUUAUUCGUUUACACGAUCUCGUAAGUGUCUUCGAUCUAAAGUUCAUUGAGAUGAUCAUUUGUUCAAAUGUAGCCACCGCUACGAAUUAAAACGUGUACUGCGAUCCUGAUUUGUGUACGCACACGGGCCUAAUCAUUGAAAUCGUAGCUUUAGGAGUGACGCCUCGUAUGAUGAGACGUGACUACGACCGUCAGCAUCUGAUCGGCGGAGAUCUCCUAGUGUCCUCCGCGCCGAGGAGAAAUCAAAUCGCAGUGUGUUCAAAUGGUUAAAUAAAGUGCAUUGCAUUUCA